AGAGCGCAGAAAUUAUGGUUAGGGCCUAACGAAGAUACGAAGCCGGAGAAGAGAGGGCUGGAGCCUAUAAUCUUAUCUUUACUUGCAAUCACACAGCACCAACAGCAUGGAUCGGUACCAGAAAGUGGAGAAGCCCAAGGUCGAGACUCCGAUUGAUGAGAAUGAGAUUCGGAUUACGAGCCAAGGCAGAAUGCGAAGCUACAUCACUUACGCCAUGACUCUGCUUCAGGAGAAAGGUUCGGAUGAUAUAGUGUUCAAGGCAAUGGGCAGAGCCAUUAACAAGACCGUGACCAUCGUGGAGUUGAUCAAGAGGAGAAUUGCUGGUCUCCACCAGAUUACUGCAAUUCAAUCUACUGACAUAACCGACACAUGGGAACCCCUGGAGGAAGGGCUUCAAAUUCUGGAAACCACAAGGAAAGUUUCAAUGGUUACAAUUACACUUUCAAAGAAGGAGCUGGAUAUGAAAAAUAUCGGAUACCAAGAGCCAAUACCAGAAGAUCAGGUGAAGGUUCCUACAGAUCUAGACCAUGAUGGAGAGGGAUCACCUCCUACUCGUGGAAGAGGCCGAGGUGGCAGAGGGAGGGGGAGACCUAGAUUCCAGUCUGGGAAUGGGUUUGCUUAUGCCGAGUAUGAUGAUGGAGGCUAUGAAAGGAACCGUGGGUAUGCCAGAGGCAGGGGGCGAGGUAGGGGCCGUGGUUUCCAUGGCCGUGGAAGGGGAGGCUACAAUGGUCCUCCAGGGGAUUCUCAGCAUGAUGCUGGAGAUUACAAUCAAGAAGCACCACGAGGUCGUGGGCGCGGGAGGGGAUCUCGUGGAAGGGGGCGUGGGUUCAGAGCUAAUGGGCCGGUCCAAGCAGCUGCUUGAGUUGCUUAGGUGUUCGAACUUGGGGUUUAUUGUAUUAGGACAGUAUAUGUUCUACAAGGUGAUAUGCAUCCACCCCAUUUCUAUGUUUGUUUUUAGAUUUUUAGUUAUUUUUAAAUUUUCCACCAAUUAUAGUUGUAACGUUAGGAUGUCGUCUCAUAUGUUAGACAAACAUGGGCCGCGCAAUCGUGCUGAGCCGUUUAUAUUUUAUUGUCAUUGUAGUA